AUGUCUUCCACUGACGAACAUAUCGAGAAAGAUAUUUCGUCGAGAUCAAAUCAUGACGAUGAUUAUGCCAAUUCGGUGCAGUCAUACGCUGCCUCGGAAGGUCAAGCUGAUAAUGAGGAUUUGGCAGCUACUUCACAACUAUCUCGUCACCUUUCCAAUAUUCUUUCUAAUGAAGAGGGUAUUGAAAGAUUAGAAUCUAUGGCAAGAGUCAUUUCACGUAAAACAAAGAAGGAAAUGGACUCGUUUGAAAUCAAUGAUCUAGAUUUUGAUCUGCGUUCACUAUUACAUUAUUUGAGAUCACGUCAAUUGGAACAAGGAAUUGAACCUGGUGACUCUGGUAUUGCCUUUAAAAACUUAACAGCUGUGGGUGUUGACGCCUCUGCUGCAUAUGGACCUAGUGUUGAGGAGAUGCUUAGAGGCCUUGCUAGUAUACCAUCUCAUCUCAUAAGUAAAUUCACCAAGAAAUCUGAUGUACCAUUGAGGAAUAUCAUUCAAAACUGUACCGGUGUCGUUGAAUCUGGUGAAAUGUUAUUCGUUGUCGGUAGACCAGGUGCAGGUUGCUCCACUUUGCUAAAAUGUCUAUCCGGUGAAACUUCAGAACUAGUUGACGUACAAGGUGAAUUCUCAUAUGACGGUUUGGAUCAAAGCGAAAUGAUGUCGAAAUAUAAAGGUUACGUUAUUUAUUGUCCCGAAUUAGAUUUCCAUUUUCCAAAAAUCACUGUUAAGGAGACAAUUGACUUUGCCUUAAAAUGUAAGACUCCCCGUGUUAGAAUCGACAAGAUGACAAGAAAGCAAUACGUUGAUAAUGUUAGAGAUAUGUGGUGCACCGUUUUUGGUUUAAGACACACAUAUGCCACUAAAGUCGGUAACGAUUUUGUGAGAGGUGUUUCUGGUGGUGAGCGUAAACGUGUUUCCUUGGUUGAAGCUCAGGCAAUGAAUGCCUCUAUCUACUCUUGGGAUAACGCCACAAGAGGUUUGGAUGCCUCUACUGCUUUAGAAUUUGCUCAAGCCAUUAGAACGGCUACAAAUAUGGUAAACAACUCUGCUAUUGUUGCCAUUUACCAAGCCGGUGAAAACAUCUACGAGUUAUUUGAUAAAACCACUGUUCUAUAUAACGGUAGACAAAUAUACUUCGGCCCUGCCAAUAAGGCUGUUGGAUAUUUCCAAAGAAUGGGUUGGGUUAAGCCCAAUAGAAUGACCUCUGCAGAAUUUUUGACAUCCGUCACAGUUGACUUUGAAAAUAGAACAUUGGAUAUCGAACCUGGGUAUGAGGACAAAGUUCCGAAAACUAGUGCAGAGUUUGAGGAAUAUUGGCUGAACUCUGAAGAUUACCAGGAAGUUUUAAAAUGUUAUGAUGAUUAUCAAGCUAGACAUCCUGUCGAUGAAACAAGAGAUAGGUUGGACGUGGCUAAAAAACAAAGACUGCAACAAGGCCAAAGAGAAAAUUCUCAGUAUGUCGUUAAUUAUUGGACGCAAGUUUAUUAUUGUAUGAUUCGUGGGUUUCAAAGAGUUAAAGGUGAUUCCACGUAUACUAAGGUUUAUUUAAGUUCUUUUUUGAUCAAGGCCUUAAUUAUCGGUUCCAUGUUCCACAAAAUUGACGACAAGAGCCAAUCUACCACGGCAGGUGCCUAUUCCCGUGGUGGUAUGUUAUUCUACGUCCUAUUGUUCGCUUCCGUUACUUCUUUGGCAGAAAUUGGUAAUUCUUUCUCUAGUAGACCAAUCAUAGUUAAACACAAAUCAUAUUCCAUGUAUCAUUUGUCGGCCGAAUCCUUGCAAGAGAUUAUCACUGAGUUUCCCACCAAGUUUGUUGCUAUUAUUGUGCUAUGUUUAAUUACUUACUGGAUUCCAUUCAUGAAGUAUGAGGCUGGUGCUUUCUUUCAAUACAUUUUAUAUUUACUGACUGUGCAACAAUGUACUUCUUUCAUCUUUAAGUUUGUUGCUACUAUGAGUAAAUCCGGUGUGGAUGCUCAUGCUGUCGGUGGUCUAUGGGUCUUGAUGCUUUGUGUUUAUGCUGGUUUUGUCUUACCUAUUGGAGAAAUGCACCACUGGAUCAGAUGGCUUCACUUCAUUAAUCCUUUAACUUAUGCUUUUGAAAGUUUGAUGUCAACCGAAUUUCAUCAUAGAGAGAUGCUGUGUAGUGCUUUGGUCCCAUCUGGUCCUGGUUAUGAAGGUAUUUCUAUUGCUAAUCAAGUGUGCGAUGCUGCAGGUGCAGUUAAGGGUAACUUGUAUGUUAGUGGUGACUCCUAUAUUUUACACCAAUAUCAUUUUGCAUAUAAGCACGCCUGGAGAAAUUGGGGUGUGAACAUUGUGUGGACCUUUGGUUAUAUUGUGUUCAAUGUUAUUCUAUCAGAAUUUUUGAAACCACUUGAAGGAGGCGGCGAUUUGUUGCUAUAUAAGAGAGGUCAUAUGCCAGAGUUGGGUACUGAAAAUGCAGAUGCAAGAACAGCCUCUAGAGAAGAAAUGAUGGAGGCUUUGAACGGUCCAGAUGUCGAUUUAGAAAAGGUCAUUGCAGAAAAGGAUGUUUUCACCUGGAAUCAUUUGGACUACACCAUUCCAUACGACGGUGCUACAAGAAAACUAUUAUCAGAUGUGUUUGGUUACGUCAAGCCUGGUAAGAUGACUGCCUUGAUGGGUGAAUCUGGUGCCGGUAAAACUACUUUGCUAAAUGUUCUGGCCCAAAGAAUCAACAUGGGUGUUAUUACUGGUGAUAUGUUGGUCAAUGCCAAGCCUUUACCUGCUUCUUUCAACAGAUCUUGUGGCUACGUCGCACAGGCCGAUAAUCAUAUGGCUGAAUUAUCCGUUAGGGAAUCUUUGAGAUUUGCGGCUGAGUUAAGACAGCAAAGUUCUGUUCCUUUGGAGGAAAAAUAUGAAUAUGUUGAAAAAAUUAUCACAUUGCUAGGUAUGCAAAACUAUGCUGAAGCUUUAGUAGGUAAAACUGGUAGAGGUUUAAACGUUGAACAGAGAAAAAAGUUAUCUAUCGGUGUUGAAUUGGUUGCUAAACCAUCAUUAUUAUUGUUCUUGGAUGAACCUACUUCUGGUCUGGAUUCUCAAUCUGCUUGGUCCAUUGUUCAAUUUAUGAGAGCGCUGGCAGAUUCUGGCCAAUCAAUUUUGUGUACUAUUCAUCAACCUUCAGCUACCUUGUUUGAACAAUUUGAUAGAUUGUUAUUGUUGAAGAAGGGUGGUAAAAUGGUUUAUUUUGGCGAUAUUGGUCCAAACUCUGAAACUCUGUUGAAAUAUUUUGAACGUCAAUCUGGUAUUAAAUGUGGUAUCUCUGAAAAUCCUGCUGAGUACAUCUUGAAUUGUAUCGGAGCUGGUGCCACUGCUAGCGUGAAUUCUGAUUGGCAUGACUUAUGGCUUGCUUCUCCAGAAUGUGCCGCUGCGAGAGCUGAAGUUGAGGAAUUACAUCGUAUUUUACCUGGCAGAGCUGUUAAUGACGAUCCUGAAUUGGCCACAAGAUUUGCUGCCAGUUACAUGACCCAGAUAAAGUGUGUUUUACGUAGAACAGCACUUCAAUUUUGGAGAUCACCAGUUUACAUCAGAGCUAAGUUCUUUGAAUGUGUUGCCUGUGCUUUAUUUGUUGGUUUAUCAUAUGUCGGUGUAAAUCACUCUGUUGGUGGCGCCAUUGAAGCCUUUUCGUCUAUUUUCAUGCUGCUAUUGAUUGCCCUGGCCAUGAUCAACCAACUUCACGUCUUUGCUUAUGAUAGUAGAGAAUUGUACGAGGUCAGGGAAGCUGCUUCUAACACUUUCCAUUGGAGUGUCUUGUUAUUAUGUCACGCCGCUGUCGAAAAUUUUUGGUCUACCAUCUGUCAAUUUAUGUGUUUCAUUUGUUACUAUUGGCCAGCUCAAUUCAGUGGACGUGCAUCUCAUGCAGGUUUCUUCUUCUUUUUCUAUGUUUUGAUUUUCCCGUUAUAUUUUGUCACAUAUGGUUUGUGGAUUUUGUACAUGUCUCCCGAUGUCCCAUCUGCUUCUAUGAUUAAUUCCAACUUAUUCGCAGCUAUGUUACUGUUCUGUGGUAUCUUACAACCAAGAGAGAAAAUGCCUGCCUUCUGGAGAAGACUGAUGUAUAAUGUAUCACCAUUCACCUACGUGGUUCAAGCAUUGGUGACGCCAUUAGUUCAUAACAAGAAGGUUGUUUGUAACCCUCAUGAAUACAACAUCAUGGACCCACCAAGCGGACAAACAUGUGGUGAGUUUUUAUCUACUUAUAUGGAUAACAAUACUGGAUAUUUGGUAAACCCAACUGCAACCCAAAACUGUGAAUAUUGUCCAUACACAGUUCAGGACCAAGUUGUGAAAAAGUAUAAUGUCAAAUGGGACCAUAGAUGGAGAAACUUCGGUUUUAUGUGGGCUUACAUUUGCUUCAAUAUUGCCGCCAUGCUAAUUUGUUACUACAUUGUAAGAGUCAAGGUUUGGUCUCUGAAGUCCGUUCUUAACUUUAAGAAGUGGUUCAAUGGACCAAGAAAGGAAAGGCAUGAGAAAGAUACCAAUAUCUUCCAAGCAGUUCCAGGUGACGAAAGUAAAAUCACAAAGAAAUAA